ACUCUUCACACACACAAUAUUCACAAGUGAGGAAACAGUGGAUGAUUUGCACGCGCAGCAGAAAAUGCCAUCAUCGACGGAAACAGCCGACGGGUCGUCUGACUCCAACGCUAGCGGCAUGGACACGGAACUGACCUUGGGGCUGUCCAGGGUCGGCAGCUGCAAGGCGGGGAUCACCGGGGCGAAGAGGGCGUACGCCAGAACCAUCGGUCUUGGCCUCGGAAGCGGCACCGGCAAGCAAAGUGGGGAUACCGAGGUUGAUGCAGCCGAGAAUUCUGCAGCCUCGCAGGUGUCUAGUGCCGGAAAAGUCCCAGCAUCCAAGGCACAAGUCGUGGGGUGGCCACCGGUGAGAUCAUUCAGGCAGAAGACAUUGGAGAGCUGCAAAUAUGUCAAGGUGGCGGUGGAUGGAGCUCCGUAUCUGCGCAAAGUCGACCUUCGGACAUACAACAGCUACGAUGAGCUCUUGAAGGCAUUGGAGGGCAUGUUCAAUUGCUUCACUGUCAACGGUAAUUUUUUGGAAGGGAGCAAGGUAAUGGAUCCGGCCACGAGAAUGGAGUAUGUGCCCACAUACGAGGACGGCGACGGUGAUUGGAUGCUAGCCGGUGACGUCCCUUGGAAAAUGUUUGCUGAGUCGUGUAAGCGCAUUCGGUUGAUGAAGAGCUCGGAUGCAGCUGGGAUUGCUCCAAGAACUCCAACAUGUAGGGGCUGAGCGGGAUCUGGCCAAUUUGCUGGCCCGAGCGUUGGAAAUGUAGGGAAGAUCCUGGUUCUCUAAUAGUCUUCUAGUUUAGCUGCCAAUGUCUGUAAAAUAUGAAGCCAUACAUCCUUCUUCUUUUAGUAAGCAAAACAUGAGAUUAAUCAGUUCUAAUUGCUUCUAACAAGCAUUUACUCAA